AGUCGUUAUAAAAUGUUUUAUAUACCAUCUAUAUAACUACCCUUUACACGAUCACUCGGUCAAAAUGUCCCGUGAUUCCGUCAAGCAUAGCGGUCACUUGGCCAUUUCCAGCAAGAGGUCAUCCGUGGCUGCUGGUUACUAUGAUGACGAUUUUAUCGAGCAUAUAUUACCUGGAACAAAGGAAAAUCCACUUCUAAACUUCCUGUACUACCUCCGGGUUUACAGUGUUCGGAAGCUUAUCGAUCUCUGCAUAGCAGAGUUUUCAGAAAAGGUGCAGUUUGUAAAUUUUGGGUGUGGAAUGGACACAAUAUCACUUUGGCUUAUUCAAAAAUAUGGAGGAUAUCGCAAAGGAGUCGUUUGUUUCGAAUUAGACUUUCGAUCUCAGUUGGAAAAGAAAAAUGCACUUGUCAGUAAAUGUGAUAAGGCCAUGGAAAUGUUCACUAAUUUCGAGUAUAGAGACGGUCUCGCAUAUUCAGACCAAUACCGUAUGAUUCCCAUUGAUUUGUCACACGAGGAAGAACUCAAGAAACUUGAAGAAUAUGGUUUCUCUAGAGAACUUCCUACAAUAUUCCUCAGCGAAUUAGUUCUGGUUUAUGUUGAAGCAGAGGCAGCGAAUAAAGUUAUAAAGUACGCAAGAGACUGUGCAAAACAGUCAUGCUUCAUUUACAUGGAACCCAUAUCUACAUUUGACAGUUUUGGAAAACUCCUAGUUUCGAGAUUCAGGAGUCAUGGACUUGGAAUUCACGGUACCGAAAAAUAUCCAACGAUAGAGGACCAGAUAAAUAGAUAUAAGAGUCUUGGAUGGGAACAUAUUGUUGUUAAGGAUAUGAAUUAUAUCAUGAACCGCGCCAUAGAUGAGGAAGAAAUGCGUCGUGUUAGGUCUCUUGAAAUUUUGGAUGAGGUUGAAGAGCUGGCUCUGUUAUGCAACCAUUAUGCCGUUGGUACCGCAACUACCGAUGAUAAACUAUUUAAAAAGAUAUUAGAGUUCUUGGAUAGAAAUAAGGAACAAACAAAGAGUAGCUACACUACACAACAAAUAUGUGAAAUGAUCCUCGAUGGAACCAUAAAAAAGAUUCAACCUUCCAUUCUAGAGGUUGCGCCGUUUUCCAAAUUUUUUUCUGAAAUCAUUUCAGAUAGCAUAAAGGGCAAAGCAAAUGUACGAAUUAAGGAUAGCGAAGAUGAUAGAGAAGAAUAGAGCAGUAUUUUUUAUCCACUUUAAAGGGAAGCCAAUUAUAU